ACGUCUCCGCUCGAGCACGUUGAUUGGCUGAUGGCUUCACACCGGAAUCGAACCAUGGGGUCGCCUAUGUCCACUUUUCACCCGUCCCAGCUCUCAUUUCACCGAGUUGUCCUCCGUCAAGGUGGACUAAAGUGACGGCCAGAGAUGCAGAAAGUUGUCAUUGUAACGGGCGCCAACAGUGGCAUCGGGCUGGCCCUGUGUGAAAGGCUCCUGACUGAGGACCCCCAGCUCCUCCUGUGCCUGGCAUGCAGGAACAUGCAGAAGGCCCAGGCUGCCCGCCGCGCCCUGCUCACCUCCCACGCCCACGCCCGCCUGGACCUCCUGCACCUGGACGUGGCCUCUGUGCAGUCCGUGCUGGCGGCGGCCCGGGAGCUUCGGGCCAGGUACAACAGAGUGGACUUUCUGUACCUGAAUGCAGGAAUCAUGCCCAAUCCACAAGUGGACCUCAAGGCUUUUGUCAAGGGUCUGUUCUCCAGGAACGUGGUCAACAUGUUUGCCACCGCAGAGGGUCUCCUCACCCAGCAAGACCGCCUCAACGCUGACGGUCUGCAGGAGGUCUUUGCUACCAACCUCUUUGGUCACUUUCUCCUGUGGAUGUCCGGUGUAGGUCCACCCUGCCUCCUCCAUUUUGAAAACGAUGACAGGUGAAGUGUCACUGGUGACGUGACGAGUAUGACCCGGCGGAAAUUCCAGGCAGGCGCAUACUAUAUACCCGGCGGCAAUUCAAGGAAAUACAGUAUAUACAUAUACACAUUAGGGAUGUCCCGAUCCAGGUUUUUGCACUUCCGAUCCGAUACCGAUACUGGCCGAUACUGGCCUAUCCGAGCAUGUAUUAAAGUUUAAAGUUAUUUAGCCUACUUAGUUGUCAGAUUCAUGCUGAAAAGGAUUUUAGUACUCUUGAUAACAACUAGCCAGCUGAUUUAGGUGAGUUUGAAUAAUACACAAUAGUUGGUAUUCAAGGAUAAACACAAAAUAUCAAAAAUAAUACAUGACAAACAGAAAUGGCAUCAUUAAACACAAAAAAGUGAACAGUAUAAAGUGCAAAUAAUGCUGUAAACAUUAUUAAAAAAAAGCAAAACACACAAACAACCUGAGUGGGAUAAAAUGUCUAUAACUCAGCAUCAAUACUUGCUCUUGAACAAGAGUAAAUUAAAAAAAAAAUAUAUAUAUAUAUACACAAUUGUUUGCCCCAGUCAGGGGGGGGCAAACAAUUGAAGUCCAAGCAUAAUGGGGAGAUUCUUUCUCACAAAGACGAGCACUUCAAGAUACUCAGGUGUCAGCCUGCUCCUGUCUUCAUCUAUGAUGAGUGCUAAAAAGCCUCUCACUCGCAAGAGUCAUUAAAAUGUCUUACAACUUCACCACCACGCUUGACUUUAUUGUGGCAUGUUUUGCACUCCACCUCUUCAUCUUUUUCAUUUUGUAGGAUAAAAUAAUCCCACACAGCUGACACUUUUACCGUAACUUUUAAUUCACACGGCCGUCUGAACGGUUACAACGCAGACCUGUGGAUGUUUUGAAGGUGUUCUGGAAAAUGCGGAACGGAGUUUAGGGAGCAGCAGAGGAGUGGAAAGAAUUAUUUAAAUCGGUGUGUUGGAAAACAUGGACCAGAGUUUUUUUUUUAAACUAGAUCUGGAUCGGCAUUUUCCCAUGCCUUGCCGAUACGCAUUUUUUGGCAAAUAUCGGCGGCCGAUCCGAUCCAGAUAUCGGAUCGGGACAAUUCUAAUACACAUAUAACAUUAUUGCGCAUUAUAGUCCGAAAAAAAAUAAAAAGAGAUGUCACAUGAGGAUAUGAUGGACGUAUAAGUCGUUAAAAUACUGCGGAUGGACGUUAGCCGCUGGCGAGCUGGCCAUGUUUUAACGCAGCUCUUCCUGUUUCAGUGUUAUAACUCCACCUUUAUCUUGACUUUUUACGCCAAAAUGCGUCCGUUCUCCCUUUUCUGUCCACACACUGUGUCUGCUUGCAAGUACUCGGUGUGUGUGCACUGCCCAACAUGCUCCUCUGCUCCUAAAACCAGCAAUGUCACCACGUGAGGCGGUAUAGUACCGAAAAUUUUUCAUUAGUAUCACGGUACGAUACUAGUAUUAGAUUAUUUACCUGACAUGCUUGCACUGUCAGAAUGGUCACCUGACUGACCGCCGUGGCGUGUUGACUAUCAGCUGUUCUUCUGGGCGUGGCCAAGCAGACACACCUGGUAGGUUGAUGAGUCCCAGGUAUGUGAAAAGAACACUGCAGAUGACACAAAUGUGAAUAAGAAGACAGAAUGAACAGUCCCUUCCAGUCUUUGUCUGGAGCGUUCCGGGACCGACAGCCGUGUUGAUG